ACCCAAAUAAAAUCGCACGCAGCACACAAACCUCCCAUCAUCUCCUUGCCUCUUGUGAACCCUGGUGGUCAUUUUACGUUCCCCAAAGCUCCAUUCUCAAAAGACAAACAAAACACAAACCUCACGACAACCACCACCACUUAAAAAUAAUCAUCAACACCCUCAACCGAACCGAACAAAAUGCAUUCAGCAAUCACUUCCGCCGCCUUCGUCCUUUCCGCCCUUACCUCGUCAGUCCUCGCGUCUCCUCAAUACGGCGACUCGGGAUCCUCCUCCACGAUGAGCAUGGGCAUGUCUUCCGCGACGGCUUCCGCCUCUGGCUCCUCGUCCACCGGUAUCCACAACGUCAAGGUCGGUCCUGGCCUGACCUUCACCCCGGACACUGUCCAGGCCGCCGUCGGGGACUGGGUCGAGUUCACCUUCGGACAAGGCCACUCGGUCGCCCAGAGUUCCUUCGCCGCGCCCUGCGUGCCCAUGGAGAACGGUUCGGCCGUCUACUCUGGCUUCCCCGACGACGGACAAGUCUGGCGCAUCCAGAUCAACAGCACCGAUCCUCUGUGGCUGUACUGCUCCGCCAGUGGCCACUGUGAGGGCGGUAUGGCCAUGGUCGUGAACCCACCAAACAGCGCAAACACCCUCGACGCGUACAAGUCGGCCGCUCAAAACGCCCAAGGCUCGUCACCUGCCACGGUCCAAGGUGGUGUCUUUGGUGCCGCCACCGCCAAUGGCUCAUCCACCACGUCUGGCAGUGGAUCGACCACCUCUGCAUCGGCCACUGGCUCGGGUUCUAGCGCGUCCACUACCGCCGGCAACGGAGCCGGAUCUGUAUCUGUCAAGAAUGGACUCUUGCUCGCAGGUGCCAUUGCUGCUGGUGUUGCUGCUGUUUUGUAGUGACAGAAAAAUUUGCUUAGUUGUUUUGAGGUACUUAUUCUUUUGGGAGUGUGAGACGGCCUGGAGCAUAUUUUAUUAGAUCUGUGCAGCAUGAUUUAUUCAAUGAAUCAGAAUAUGCAUAUUUGCGUGC